UGGGGAGAAGGGCCGGGCGAUUGGCUGCGGGCGGGCGGCGCGACCCCGGAUGUGAAUGACCUCAGUGCGGAGAGGGCGGCGGCGAGCGGAGAGGGACGAGGAUGCUGAUCAAAGUGAAGACGCUGACCGGGAAGGAGAUUGAAAUCGACAUCGAGCCCACCGAUAAGGUGGAGAGAAUCAAAGAGCGUGUGGAGGAGAAAGAGGGCAUUCCCCCACAACAGCAACGCCUCAUCUACAGCGGGAAGCAGAUGAACGAUGAAAAGACAGCAGCAGACUACAAGAUCCAGGGGGGCUCCGUGCUGCACCUGGUCCUGGCCUUGAGAGGAGGGUCUCGAUGACAACAGGGGCGAGGAGGGGGCGAGGGGGCUCAAGAACCUCUGCCCUCCGACGCGCGCCGACCCCCCACCCCCGUCGGCACGUUCCGCCGCGUCCCUCCUUCCCAGAACUCCGUUCCACUCCCCCCCCCCCCCCCACACCACCUCACCCUGCCCUCGAUGCGCCCUCCCCCCCCAUUCAGCAACACUCGCCAGAACAGUUUGCAUCUGGCUUCCGCGGGGGUUUUUCUUCUCUUUUGAACGUGGAGGUGCAUUGGCGCUUGAUUCCUCCCGUUGCCGUGUUGUUUAUGUCUGCUGCACACGCCCCUCAACCCCCACUCACCGAGAGAGCCCGGUCCCCGUCCCUCCCCGGGUCUGCGGGGGUCGGGAGCGGACGGGGGGACGCCUGUUCCUGAGCCCGUGCUGGGGUGUCAGACUGGGCAGCUGGGCGGUGGGAAUGGUGUUGUCACUGUGAAGGGAGAGAAAGAAACCAUUAAACUGAACUGUGUUAUGCUUCCUUGAAUCCCA